CACCGCCGCUCGUCUUCGGUUCGGCGGUGUUGCUCUUCUGGUUUUGAUUCUCCGUGUGUUCCUGAAAGAGCUCGUCGCGGAAAAAUGUCCUCGUCAGCGGGCCAGUGGCAGCUCGUAAGCGGCAAGUCGAGCAAGAACAAGUCGGCGGCGACCGGCGUUGGUGCCGGCGACGGCAAGAUGUCCAAAGCCCAGAAGAAGAAGCUGGCCGAGAACAUGCCGCGAAUUGAGCCUCUAGCCCCGCUGAAGGAGAGCACCACCCAAUACGAAGCCCUUCAAGAGAAGGAGGAGCAGAAGAAGCCCGCUGCCCCUCCUCCCAAGCCGGCUAAGAAGCCACCAAAGAAGAAGACAAAGGAAGCCAGUGCACAGCGGGCCACAAGCCUCAGUGUCCUGCUGAAACAGGUGUCGGCUUCUGAGGUCUCUCAGCUGGUGUUAGAGGACCGGUUGCGCUUCCCAACAAAUCCUCUUUUGUGGGCCAAGGACCUGGUGUUUUACCUGAACAGCCAGCUAGAAGGAGCACCCGCUGCUGAAUCACAGCCCCCCUUUGAAGGACGGCCAGCUGGGUUCCCCCUCAAUGAGCUGGCUGCAGAGGUACGACGCCAACUGGAGGAUGUGGUAGCUGGAACCACUGACGACGCUCGCUCCCUCCUGUGGGACCACUGCCUAAAUGGUGCCCUGCAGGCACUGGCGGCCCCCUCUGGUGGCCAAAAUACCGGCAGCGGCAGCGUAGUUGGCUUCCUGGUCUGCCUGCAGCUGCUCGCUUCGAGACACCCACACAUAGUCACUAAUGCCUUACCAAAGCUGCGGAACCUGCGAUCUCAACACCAGGGACGUCCCAUGGCAUGCCUGGCCCUGCUGUGGGCUGCCUCCCAGGCAGGACUGUCCAGCCUUGGCGCAGGACUGGCCGUGUGGCUGGAACUGCUGAUGCCGGUGGUGGGGACGCGGGCGUACGCACCGUAUGUCAUCGACAUCUUGUCGGAGCUGCUCUCUCGCCACCCAGCUUCAAAGAAUGGUGAUGAAAACGCUGGCCGUGCCUGUAAUCUUGGCGUGCGAUCUCUCUUCCCGUUGCUGGAUGCGGUGUACGGCGUUGGGGGCCGCCUGCCGCUAUCGCCGGAGCGAGAGCGUGCCCUGCGCGACCAGUUGUAUCCGCGGAUACGUGAUCUGUGUUAUGCGGCUGAACCUAGCCGCAGUGCCUACUUCCCUUCGUACCUGCGCCGGCUCGGUAGUGGCUCGGCUCAGCUCAAUGCUGAGCUCCUGACCAGUCUGGAGGAGUGCCUCUGCCGGGACCCCGAGUGCCUAUCGGUGUGGCGGCAGCUCUUUGAGCGCCAAGCGCCUCAGUCCAUGCGGCUGCUGCAGCACCUGGAGACAAAGGACGCCUGGCGCCGCUUGCCUCGCCUGACACAGCGUCGUCUGCAGGCCACCCUGAUCUCCUGGCGCUCUACCACACCGACAUCGGAGCCUGCGCUCAGGGACGCCCUCACCCAGUGCCAGGCACUUGAGCGCAAGAUGGGUGGCCAGGGCUUCCCGUGGGUUCGGCUACUACUAACCACCCUUGCAUUGGGUGUUGGUGGCGUCAUCUUCUGGGAUGUCCGGCUACAGCACGGUGGACGCUUUGAGGGUUCUGGCACACACGUCCUGCUUAAGGACACUGGCCUGCUGUCAGCUUGGCAAAAGGGCUCCAAAGAGGCGGCCAUCUACUUGCACCAGGGCUCUGUGUGGGCUGCCGAGAAGCUGCCAGUGUGGUAUGCGGAGGCGAGCCGCCGGCUCGGUCCCCCCCUGGAGGCUGCAUGGGAGCAGCUUGCAGAGCUGACCGUGACAGUGUGGACGGCUAGUGAACCCCUCCGCUCGCAACUGCUUGUCCACACGCAUAGCCUGCUACUCUGGGGCAAUGACUGGGUCCCAGUAUGCAUGGCAAGUGUGCUGGGAGCAGCACACGAGACAUGGAGAGUGGUGGGCAGUGCCGGGGGCUGGCUGCUAGAGCACGUGGUCCAUGGUGCCCGCAUCUCAGCCAUGUGGCUCACCGACAACUUGCUCACGGGACCUUGGUCACUGGAAAAAGUGCAAAGUCAGGCGGUGGAGUUAGUAUCAGCCGCACAGAAUCAAGCUCAGGUGGCACUCCACUGGCUUUGGAAUCGGCUUGGCUCGGCCCAGUGACCCCAGCACCCUUGCUGCUCCCCUUGACGUUCCUGGAACUUGGUGUCCCCUAGCACGUGCACAUUAUGGGCACAAGCUAUUGGGAUACUUUACCUGACAAGCUGCCAAUGGAGGCUGCUGCCAUUGCACUACACUGGUGGCACUCUGAGGGACUCUGCAGUGUGCUGUGUGUGAUGGCCCUCAUGCACAUUGUUUCAUGGGACGAUCUGACACACAGCGGCCAUGUACGGCGCAGCGAAAAAGAUAAGAGCUGUGGUUUUAGGGGGUGUUGGGGACCAAGAAAAGCCAUGUUGACGCCAAUGCUGAGGUCGAGGAGAGGUGUGUUGUCAACUCUGUGGCCAACCCUUGCACAGCAGGAGCAUGUCAUGCAAGCAUCCCUUCGUGCAGUCUACUUGACCUGGCUUCUUUUGGCCAUGUGCUUGCCAAUGGAGCAGGGUUCAGCAGCUGUGCACUGAUUUUCUUUGACAUUUUCUCCUUUUGUGGUGCCUUGCAGUGCUCCAAUAAAUGAUGUUUCUGUUGGCA